AGUGGCUGCUGCGAGAAGCUCCAGCCACCCAUUAUCGCUCACGCUGCUCUACUGGAUACCGUGGUCAAACCUCCCAGCCUCAUUUCCAGGGUCCAACAUGGCAAUAUCGACGCAAACCAUAAUUGCACCUGCGAUGCUGCAUCUGGACUUGUUGUGGAGUUUGGGUAGGGCGUUGCCGGAAACCACGGCAAAACCUUUGAGCGACGGCAGAGCUAUUCAGAUGAAAGAAACAAGCCCACAAGACUCGAAAAGUAGCACUCACAUCGCCACAUUUACGUAUGGUAUUUUUCGCCUCUACGGAAUAAAUCCCAAAAUGCUACUCCGUCAUGUCCGUUUGCUUCGCUGCCUGCAAAGUGGAACCGUGUCCCGAACAACGCAGCGGCUGACAUGCUCCGCGUCGCCCCAAACUCUCCAUCUCAUCUUUGCCUCCGACCCGGCCGCUCCGCCGCAAGUGGGGCCCUGACGAGGAAGCUUUCAGAAUCCGUCUCAUGGUUUGUGCUAUGUAAAUGGUCAGACAAGACACAUGCUGGCCGGAGCGCCGUUCGUUGGCAUCGUAUUCCAAUUUCCGUAUAUUAUCUCGCAAACCAAUCGUCGCGUCACUGAGUCGUUCAACCAUAAAUGAGGCUGAAAUGCGAAAAGGACAGAUGUUAGUUCCCUAGGGUAAACGUGAGCAUUGUAUCCUUACUUUAUCCCAUAUCGAAUCUCGCCCUGGAAAUUACC